GGGUAGUUUAUUAUUUAUUACGAAGCUAAUAUAAAGAUUACCUAAAAGAUACCUAAAAAAGGGAGAAGAAAAAAUUUAGUACACGUCCCACAGCCCACAAAUUUAAAAGAGUUUGUUUGUUGCUAGUUGACGUUUCAAAGAUGGGUGCCACCUUCAAGGGAAUUCUUUUCCAGACAGACCAGCUACAUUACAAUGCAGGCGAUCCCCCAUCAGUAUCAGCCAGAUAACCAGUCCAGUACACCUAGGACCAAAACUAAACAACCAAAAACACCUAGGAUCAAAACAAUAUCGGCCAAUAACGCCUAGACCAAAAGAUAUGGGCAAUGAGGCCAUAAACUGUUAAACAUGGCUCAACAGUGAUGUGCCAACUAGCCAUAUUACAGAUAACUAAGUUAAUAACACACACUAUGAAAGCUUCCUUUGAAGAGAGGGCCUUAUGCUUCGUCACAGAUGCACUAUCUAUUGGCUUUCUGAGGAUUGCUCGAAGGCCUCCUACUUUGUGUUUCGUCAGGAAAGGGUCCGAUAAGCUCCAUAGUGAAACGUUCGCGAAGAACCUGGACAUAUACAACCAGAGCAUCUUGUAUACUGAGUAAGUUUUUUUAAAAAAAACUACCAAAAGACCA